AUGGUAACUGCUGUGUUUUGUGUAGUUGGUUGGGGUUCUGCUGCUUCUGCAGACUGUGCUGUUCUUGCUAGGUUGUGUGUGUUUUGCAGCUGGUUGGGUGUAGCUGUGGUUCUGGGUCUGGGUUUGAUGUUGCACUGUUGUUGGGUCUGCAGCCCUUCCGUUAAGCUGGUGCAGACUGAGCACAUUUUGACUGCUGUUGGUUUUGGGCAAAAAUUCUCUUGGAAUCAAAGGCAUUGUCGUUGUGAAAUAUAUUUAACAAUGGAUCAAAAUUGGAUGAACUUCCCUAGAGGGUCAGAAGGUUUUAAAGCUGCUUUGAAUAUUUUUCUUGAUGGUUAUUUUGCAAAGGAUGCUAUUGGAGGACAAACCUUUUGCCCUUGUAAAAAGUGUUCUAGGCGUUUUUGCCAUUCUAGAGACGUCAUUUAUGAUCAUUUGAUUGUUGACGGAUUUGUAAAGGGAUUCAGGGAGUGGGUCGUUCAAAGGGAAGCAUCUUCAUCUACAAGUAACGAUAUGUCUGGAAUUAAUGAUCAAAAUACAUAUGAUGAUAUCGAUGGUUUAUUACAUGAUACUUUUAUUGAGGUGGAAGAAGGUUUAGAUGGAGAUCAAGGUGUUCCAAGUGAGCCAAAUGAGGAGGCUAGAAAGUUUUAUAAGCUAGUAGAAGAAGGGAAGCAAGAGCUUUAUCCGGGUUGUAAAACUUUCUCAAUGUUAUCCUUCAUAAUCCGUUUAUUUCUCUUCCAGGUCCUUAAUGGCUUAAGCAAUGCGGCCUUUGGGGAUCUCUUAGAGUUAUUAAGAGAGGCGUUUCCUAUGGCUCGACUUCCAAAAUCCUAUAACGAAUCUAAGAAUAUAAUCAAGGAUUUGGGUCUUGAUUAUAAAAAGAUACAUGCUUGUCCCAACGAUUGCAUUCUUUACAGGAAGGAGUAUGAAGGAGCUGAUGUUUGUCCCAAGUGUGAAACAUCAAGGUGGAAGUCUAAGAACGUCCCUGCAAAGGUUUUGAGGCAUUUUCCUUUGAAUCCUAGACUCCAAAGACUUUUCAUGUGUUCUAAAACAGCUGAGUCAAUGGUUUGGCAUGAUAAAGAGCGAACAAAAGAUGACAAAAUUAGACAUCCAGCAGAUGCACAAUCUUGGAAGGACUUUGAUGAGACGUAUCCUGACUUUAAAAAGGAACCAAGAAAUGUUCGACUAGCUCUUGCCAGCGAUGGAUUUAAUCCAUUUGGAACUAUGAGUGUUGCUCAUAGCACAUGGCCUGUUGUGUUGAUUAAUUAUAACCUUCCACCCUGGUUUUCUAUGAAACCUGAAUAUUUUAUGCUGUCUUUGUUAAUUUCGGGCCCUAAGUCUCCUGGAAAUGACAUAGAUGUUUAUUUGCAACCGUUGAUUGAUGAACUGAAGGAAUUAUGGGAGUAUGGGGUUGAGACAUAUGAUGCAUUUAAAAAGCAAUCAUUUCAAUUGCAUGCUGCUUUAAUGGGGACGAUAAAUGAUUUCCCGGCUUACGCUAUGUUAUCUGGAUGGUCUACUAAAGGAAAUUAUGCAUGUCCUAAUUGUAACCAUGAUGUGACACCGAAAUAUUUGCCUCACAGCAAAAAAAAUUGUUAUAUGGACACCCGUAGGCUUCUUGAUGCAAGUCAUCCAUGGCGAAAGGAUAAGAAAUCAUUUAAUGGAGAAACAGAGGAUAGGUGUGGACCUUCUCCGUUAUCAGGCACUGACCUAGUAAAUGAGUUAGAGAACUUUGUAAAUGAUUUCGGGAAACCAAAGAAAGGUGGAGGAAGUAAAGGUCCAUGGAAAAAGAAACCAGCUUUUCUUCAAUUGUCAUAUUGGCCUAAUAUCAAAUGUCGUCAUAAUCUUGACGUCAUGCAUAUUGAGAAAAAUGUUUUUGACAAUAUUGUUGGCACGUUGUUAGAAAUUCCAGGAAAGUCUAAGGACCACAACAAUGCGCGUCUUGAUUUAGUGGCCCUUGGCCUAAAGCCAAAUCUCCACCCUUAUCUUUCUGAUGAUGGCAACCACAUGUUAUUUCCACCGGCACCUUAUACAAUGGGUAAUGAAGAGAAGGAUUUGUUCCUUAAAGUUAUUAAAGAAACAAAGUUACCUUCUGGGUAUGCAUCGAAUAUAGGGAGAUGUGUACAAGUUAAAGAAAGAAAGUUUGCUGGUUACAAAACUCAUGAUGCACACGUUGUGCUUCAUCACUUGCUUCAAGUUGCUGUUAGAAAAACAUUGCCAAAACCUGUAGCAGUACCUUUGAUUAGAUUGGGUAAUUUUUUUCGGGGUAUAUGUAGUAAAAUUGUCGAUCUUAAAGAAUUAGACAGAUUAGCAUCUGAAGUGGUUGAUGUAAUUUGUCAAUUCGAAAUGAUAUUUCCUCCUGCUUUCUUUGAUAUUAUGAUGCAUUUACCCGUUCAUUUAGUAGAGGAAAUCAAAUUUGGUGGACCUGUGCAAUAUCGAUGGAUGUACUUUAUUGAGAGGUAUCUUGGUAGGUUGAAGUCAUAUGUCCGAAAUAGGAGUAACUAA